AUGGUUUCAAGCAAGUUACUCGUUGCCUUUGCGGCAGUUUCCGUAGUUCCUAUCCAGUGCAUUAAUCUAAAUGUCACUAGCGUUGAUUCGAUCAAAUCAGCAGCUAGCACAAUCGCAAGAGACUUAGUCGGUCUGUACAACCAGUCUCAAACUGCUGGGAAUCCCAUCGGUGUUUUGAAUGCCCCAUAUUACUGGUGGGAAAGCGGAGCCAUGUUUGACACUUUGAUUCAAUAUUGGCGACUAACGGGAGAUUCCCAAUACAAUAGAAUUGUGACCCAAGGUUUGGUCUAUCAACAGGGAAUUGGCAGCAGCUUUAUGCCAGAAAACCAGACAAAAUUUUUGGCUAAUGAUGAUCAAUCAACUUGGGCUCUUGCAGCCAUGUCGGCGGCAGAGGCACGACUGGGAGAAGUUCAGAAUGUUACGUGGUUGAAUCUUGCCGAAAAUGUAUUUAACGAACAAGUCGCUCGGUGGGAUGAAAAGACCUGUAAUGGAGGCCUCCGCUGGCAAAUAUUUACUUUCAACGCCGGUUACACCUACAAGAAUAGCAUAUCAAAUGGAAACUUUUUCCAACUCUCGGCUCGACUCGCUGCCUACACCGGCAAUACCACUUAUUCCGACUGGGCAACCAAAGUAUGGAAUUGGACUAAAGGGACGGGCCUCAUUGACGAGAAUUUCAAUGUUUUCGACGGUGCCGAUGUUACUAAAAAUUGUUCGAUGAUUGACAAACCUCAAUUCUCCGAGACUGCAGGUACAUUCAUCGCUGGCGCUGCAUACAUGUACAAUCAUACCAAUGGAGAUAGUCAAUGGAAAAAGUCCCUCGACGGUCUCUUAAACAGAACCAUCUCCGUUUUCUUCCCAUCCGGAAUCGCCACCGAAACUGCCUGCGAAAGCAAAAACGCCUGCAACAUUGAUCAACGCGCCUACAAAGGUAUACUUGGGAAAUGGCUCGUCGAUACCAUUCAAGUCGCUCCAUACACCAAUAGCAUCAUCAAUACACAACUUAUCGGCACAGCCCAAGCAGCUGCUAGAACUUGCGGUGAUAAUGGAUGCGCUUUCGAUUGGAGUGGUAAUGGCAAAAAUGUUUCUACUGGGGUCGGGGAGCAAAUUGAUGCUCUCAGUUAUGUGCAGGGACUGCUUCACAGUCAGGCGGCAGCACCAGCUACUCAGAAUUCUUCAAAUUCAACUACGAGUAGCUCUGGAAGCUCUACGAGUACGAGUGCUAGUGCUAUCGCUUCAGCAAGUAAUAAUGCAGCAACUGGAAUGGUAUUAGAACAGUCUGCGAUAAGUUUCUCGGUCAUGGGAGCCGUAGCUUGGUUGGUUUUGUAG